AUAGAAGACUAAGUUAAAAGUGAGUCUUCUAAAUGCUCUUCUAAACUUAGUCAUGCUUUCUAAUUGCUGCAGGUGAAUUGGUUACCCACUACCCACGCUCCGAUCUUUCUAUCUCACAAUCUUGAAACCUCAAAAGCUAAACAGAAAAAACACAAUCAAAAUCAUGGGCGCUGAUCAAUCUAAAGGAAUUGCACAAUGGGACGUUGAGGAGGUGGCUGCCGCCGCUGAGACUCUUGGACGACACUUCAAGCCAUACGCCGACACCAUGAGAGGCAGCGGUAUUGAUGGCAUCUUUUUGGCGUCCUUGUCGACCACUGAAGUGCAGGAGACAUUGGACGAUCUGGGUGUUGAGUCGAGGCUGCACAGACGAGUCCUCGCUCGAAAGCUGAGGGUGGCUUUGGAAGGGGACGCCUGCACCGUUUCCUGCAGUCAAUCUGUUGUCUCAUGGGAUUCCACAUCACCAAGGGAACGAAGACCGAGUGCUCGCAAGUCCAUGUCGGAAAAAGAAGAAGAUUCACGAAAGUUGUUGGAGCUCAUGACUGCUGCCGCUCAGCAGCAAAUGGUAGAACGAUGCGCGCUCCUCCAGAAAGAAGCCGAGCUUACAAAACAAAUCGAACGCAUUACAUCGCCUGCCAACACCGCCGCAUAGGCUCACUUAUCGGAUGCAAGGUGUAGCAGCAACGAAUAAGAACUGUAAUCUAUAAUGUACAUCCUUUUCAAUC